AUGGCUUCAACUGUGGCUCCACGAGCUGGUAAACUGCCAGAUAAUGAUGUAUCAUGGCGUGGUGACUCUGUGUUGGUAGAUGGUGCUUUGGCCGGUGGUUAUUUCGAUGCCGGUGAUCAUGUCAAGUUUGCUCUUCCAAUGGCAUAUUCUAUGACCAUGUUGGGUUGGGCAUUCAUCCAAUAUGAAAAAAAUAUUGCUUCCUGUGGUUUGACUCAAUUGUUCCUUGAGGAUAUCAAGUAUGGUACCGAUUGGUUGAUUGCUGCUCAUACUGGUCCAAAUGAAUUCGUCGGUCAAGUCGGUGAUGGAAAUCUCGAUCACUCAUGGUGGGGACCACCUGAGCUCUUGAACAUGGCUCGUCCACAAUACAAAUUGACUACCUCUGCACCAGGAACUGAGGUUGCUAUGGAAGCUGCCGCUGCCUUGUCUGCUGCCUCUAUCAUUUUCAAAUCACGUGACUCUGCCUACUCUGCCACCUGUUUGUCUCAUGCCAAGCAACUCCAUUCCUUUGGUGACACUUACCGUGGAAAAUACUCUGAUUCCAUCACCAAUGCUCAAGCUUUCUACAACUCAUGGUCUGGAUUCAAGGAUGAGAUCGUCUGGGGUACUAUCUGGCUCUACAAAGCUACUGGUGACGCUUCUCUCUUAACCAAGGCCAAGUCUGACUACGCUUCAUUCGGAAUCGGUGGAAUGGCACAAGGAAAUUCUCACGAUUGGGAUCUCAAGGCACCAGGUGUUGCUCUUUUGAUGGCCCAAAUUACUGGUGAAGCUACCUACAAGAAAGAUAUUGAAGGAUUCCUCAACUACUGGUUACCAGGUGGUGGUAUCACUUACACUCCAGGUGGAUUGGCAUGGAUUCGUCAAUGGGGACCAGCUCGUUAUGCUGCUACCUCUGCUUUCUUGGCUGCCGUCUACGGUGGUGACAAAUACACCAAUUUCUCAAAGAAGCAAAUCAACUACAUUCUUGGUGACAAUCCAAAACAACAAUCAUUCGUCAUUGGUAUCGGUCCCAACGCACCAAGAGACGCUCAUCAUCGUGCUGCCCAUCAUUCUUUAACCAACAACAUCAACAAUCCAACUCACAACACCUAUCUCCUCAAAGGAGCACUCGUUGUUGCCACUGAUUACAAUGCCGGUUUUGUUGGAGCUUUGGCUGCAUUGAUCGAUCCAAGUUCAACUCCAACCCCAACUCAAACUCCAACUCAAACACCAACUGAAACACCAACCCAAACUCCAACUCAGACUCCAACUCAAACUCCAACUCAAACUCCAACCCAAACUCCAACUCAAACUCCUACUGAGACACCAACUCAAACUCCAACCCAAACUCCAACCCAAACUCCAACUGAGACUCCAACUCAAACUCCAACCCAGUCACCAGGACAAGGUUCAGUCACCUUCACUCAAAAGUUGGUAAACUCAUGGGUCAAUGGAGGAGAUAAGUACCAAUUGAUGGAUGUUAUGAUUACCAAUAGUGGAUCAUCUAAAGUAAAGACUUUACAAUUCGGUUUCCCAUCGAGCAUUCAAGAAAAGUGGGGAAUUGUCCAAGUUUCUGGAAACACCUUCACUUUACCAGCCUACCAAGUUGGUUUGAAUGUCGGUGAAACCUACAAGUUUGGUUACAUUGCCAAGGCUAGCAAUAUCCCAGAUUUGGAAAGUAAUUAG